AUGAGUCUUUGGGGCACGAAGAAACAGAACGGCACCGACGAUCACGCCGAAGACGAAGAACACCACAACGACGACAACAUGGCACGUUCGCAGCCCAGCAGGAGCAGAGAACCCAAUGAGCGGGACAGACUGCUGCCUUCCAACCCGCGACCACCACACCAAGAUGGCUAUCUUGACCCGGAUGACCCAGCUGUCUCGCCAUACAAUCUAUGGAGCGUCCGAGCCCUCCGCUUCUUCAGCGUCUUCUUCCUCGGCCUGACCUUCCUAUGGUGGGUGCUCCUCCUGGUCAGCAUCUUCGUCAGCCCACCAGGUCUCCACACCCGUGGCUCCGGCUUCUUCGACUUCUCCUACACCACCUUGACCACUGGCCUCCUCCUCACCUCGCUCCUGUUCUUCUCGAACCCGAGCUUGGCUAUGAGAGUAUGCCAGGGCAUCAUUGCUGUCCUUCUGCUCGUGGACGUCAUCAUCAUCGUCUCCGUCACUCGGCUGAGGUUCGAGGAGAGCGCACCAGGCAUUGCGAGCGUGAGCUGGGCCACCGUCAUAGCCAUCUGGUGUGUCUUCCAAGACCGUAUCGUGGCUUGGGGUAAGCGAGAGGAGGAGGAACGCCUCACAGGCCGUCCCGAGACUCGCCGCACACUCAGAGAAUGGAUCGGUGUUCUAGUGGCAACCGUGAUCUUGGUUGUCUACAUCCUCAUUGUCCUCCUCAUGACUGGAACCCUCAUCCUUCGCGCUCGCGACACCGGACUUGAGAUGGACGGAACCCGAUACUACGUCGACGGGCACAAGUACCAAGUCCACCUCGCUUGUGUCGGAGAUGUCACCACGGACAAGAAUGGCGAGCGCAACCCUACCAUCCUGAUUGAAGCCGGCGAAACCCCAUCAGAGUACGACUUCGAGCACUGGGCUUACGCAGCUUACCAGAACGGCACAAUCGACCGCUACUGCUACUGGGAUCGUCCCGGCUAUGCCUGGUCUGACAAUGCUCCAUCUCCUCACAGUGCUGGCAUGUCUGCCGACAACCUCGCCGAGGCAUUGGCAAUCGCUGGUGAACAAGGUCCGUGGAUCUGCGUCUCCGCGGGCUACGGCAGCAUCGUGUCUCGUAUCUUCAGUGCCCGCCACUUCCGCGACGUCAAGGGCCUAAUGCUUAUCGAUCCACUUCACGAGGACCUCCUGCACCGCAUCGCCAGCCCAUACCGUGGCUUCGUGCUCUGGGGCUGGGGCGUCAUCAGUCCGCUGGGCAUCCAACGUCUCGCCGGCUCCAUCUUCAGCGGCGUCACGCGCGAGGAUCGUGUCUUCGGUGAUCGGGCCUACCAGGGCGGCAAGUUCAUCAAGGCUCAGCUUCAAGAGAACUUGGUCGCGGACUCCUUGACCCGCAGCGAAGUCUCAUCUGCCAGGACGAUCCAGACGCCUGAUACCCCUCUCGUCAUCAUUUCGUCGGGGAUUAGCACGAGAAGGGACCAGGAGUGGGCUGACAAGCAGAAGGAUCUCUCCAAGCUCACGGACAAGCUGGUCAGUUGGGAUGUCGUGAACAAGGCGCCACAUUUCGUCUGGCGGACUCUUGAGGGAAGGACGGUUAUGGAGAAGAGGUUGGGUGAGCUGGUGAAGGCGAGCAAGAAGGUGACUUAUGCGACAACGGAGGAGUAG